UCACAUAUGCUCACAUGUUGCCACAUGUUAUCACAUUAACGUCACAUAAAAUCACGUGAUCACAUUUGAAAUUCAUGUCGUUUUCCGUAAGGGUUCUUAUUUCAUUAUAAGCAUGCUCUCAACAUGACAUAUUUUUCAUUAUUUUAUCUAUGAUUAGAUAUAGGUAUAAGUGCUGUGUGUGUUACUGUAGCUAUGACUGUGAGGAGAUCUGGAGGGAGUUUGAGGAGGCUGUCGUGAGGAAGUCUCCCUGCAAUGUGAAGGUUAAGGACUACAAAAGGAUGUUCCGUGCCACGCCACAGACUCUGACAUGUGGUAAGGUGAGUAUCACCAUGGCAGCGCUGGAUUCUCAUCCAAGACAGGGGGGACCUGAUCCUAGAUCAGCACUCCUACUCUGAGACGCUUUAUGAAUGCGGGCCCUGAAUCAUCUGAGGAUGUAACUGACUGUGUUGUGUUUUUGAGUAUCUUUGAUUUAUUGAGUAUCUAUGAUUCCUCUAAUAUCUAGUAUCUGGUGUGUGCUUGUUGCCCUCAUGGUUUGUAGCUGCUGUUCUGGAGUAAGACCAGGGAGCUGAUGCACAGCUAUGCAGCUGUAACACGUCGUUUCUGGACCCUGGAGGACACGCUGGUGGGAUACAUGUUCAAUGACCUCAUCUGGUGCGGACAGGGAGAGAAAGACAGAGGUAGGAUUCAUCAUGAUCUGAGAGAGAGAGAGAGAGUUAUGAUUCCUCUCUUCACAUUGUUCCCAAAAGAUCUGAAGGAUGAGGAGAGAGGUCACAAUAUGACAGGCUGGGGCUCUGGGGUUGGCCACAGUUGUAAUGUUUGGGUCAGUGCUUACAGGAAGUUGAGACAGAGGGGGGAUAUCGCCCACAUAUGGUGUUAUGUAGCACAGCUGUUUCACAACACCAUGUGUUACACCCCCAUCUCUGUGGUAAACUCUCCCAAUUGUGCACCGGAGAGCUUUACCCCCCCCCCCCCCCCCCCUGCUCUGCACACUAAACAAACAAGUAGAAUGAAUUAACUUUUCCUUAGAGAGAUGAUGUAAUCUUCACUGUGGUGGUUUACCUAUGUAAAUAUGGCUGGCUCUUUCUUAUGAAGCUCCUUCAUGUGUUUCUCUUUGUUAGGCUUUGAUUUCAACUCUUGCCCGGAGUGGUCAACAUGUGUAAACCAUCCUGUCUAUUCCUUGUGGAGACAAGCCUCACAAAACGUAAGCUCACUCACAAAAUGGUAGCUUAAAUUACAUGAAUGCAGUAUUUUUGUGGUAAGGAAAUGCCUUGUGAUUCUGAGAUACUGGGUGACUGCAUGACAUGUCUACUGUAUAUUGUGGGCUGUGUCUGGCUAUGAUUGCCUCAUCUCUGUAUGUUUGCCAGUUUGCUGCAGUGGCAUGUGGCAACAUCACAGUGCUGCUCAAUGGAUCCAUAGAGAAUGCUUUCAACAGGAAAAGGUAAGGCGAAGACGUGACAACCACUGACAGUACAUAGUGGUCUAACAGUGGUAGUGAUUGUUUCACUCUGGUCCUUUUCAUCUUGCUGUAGCAUGUUUGGGAGUGUAGAGCUGGACAGCCUGAACCCCAGGAUGGUAGAUCAUGUCAACAUCAAGGUGGUGGCCAACCUGGAGGGACCUUUCAUGUGAGAAUGACUAGGAAUGCAUCUCAAAUGGCACUCUAUUCCCAACAUAGAAUCCUUUGGGCCCUGGUCAAAAGUAGUGCACCACAUUGGGAAUAGGGUGCCAUUUGGAACGGACCCUAGAUAAAUACCCAAGUUACAAACUGGGCAUAUCUUUAAAUAUCAACAUGAAAUCAGUUUAUCUAUGCAAAUGUCAUGCAAAUUAUGUUUAUGUCAAGUUGCAUCAGAUAGAAAUGGUUUGUCUACAAUACACUAACCUUUAGAAAUACUGUGUGUUAUGUACUGUAUGUAUCCCCUUUCUCUCCUCCUUUAGAGAAUCCUGCACUCAGGGCUCCAUUGUGGAUUUGAUCAAAGUCCUACAGACCAGAGGGUUCCGCUGGACCUGCACAGACAGUGACCUGUGAGUCACAUCACCAAAACAUCACUUCCUCCUUCACUAAAACACAAUUUGUUUUGAACAAUUCGGUAACUUUCUAGUUUUCCAGAAAUCCUGAGUAUUCCUGCUUAUUAGGUCUGCUUGCUGAAAGCAAAGCACAACUUUAGAAACUGUUCAUACUUAUUAUUAUUAUUCACCUUCUGCUGGAACCUCUAGUGCCAAAACCGUAAAAGCUACCAACACCAAAACAAUUUUAAAACGUCCAGACUACCACUGACACUGCUGCUUGAAAAAAUAUUUGUUGAUUCUACUGAUUAUUUUUGACACUAUAACCAUAUUUACAUAAAUCCCAAUGCAUUUCAAUGGGCAUAGGUUAACAUGGAAAAAGUUUGGACCAUAACUAGUCUUCAACCUUUAAAGCUAGAAAUGCCAUUUGGAUUUGCCACUGUUCUUGAACCGUUAAAGCUACAAACACCAAACCAACUUUGACAUGUUACAGACUGACUCAACUUGUACUGAACAAAAAUACAAACGCAACAUGUAAAGUGUUGGUCCAAUGUUUCAUGAGCUGAAAUAAAAAAUCCCAGAAAUGUUCCAUAUGCACAAAAAGCUUAUUUCUCAAAAAUGUUGUGCACAAAUGUGUUUACAUCCCUGUUAGUGAGCAUUUCUCCUUUGCCAAGAUAAUCCAUUCACCUGACAGGUGUGGCAUAUCAAGAAGCUGAUUAAACAGCAUGAUCAUUACACAGGUGCACCUUGUGCUAGGGACAAUAAAAGAACACUCUACAAUGUGUAGUUUUGUCACACAACACAAUGCCACUGAUGUCUUAAGUUUUGAGGGAGCGUGCAAUUGGCAUGCUGACUGCAGGAAUGUCCACCAGAGCUGUUGCCAGAAAAUUGAAUGUUCAUUUCUUUACCAUAAGCCACCUCCAACAUCGUUUUAGAGAAUUUGGCAGUACAUCCAACCGGCCUCACAACCGCAGACCACGUGUAACCACGCCUUGCUCCCCAGUGAGAGGGCUUGGCUCCCAAGUGGGUGGGCCUUUUGUGCUCCCAGGCCCACCCAUGGCUACGCCCCUGCCCAGUCAUGUGAAAUCCAUAGAUUAGGGCCUACCUAAUGAAUUUAUUUCCUUAUAUGAACUGUAACUCAGUAAAAUCUUUGAAAUUGUUGCAUGUUGCAUUUAUAUUUUUGUUCAUUGUAGAUUGCUUGUCAAAAGAUUGUUGAUGCUAUUUGUACUUUUUUAACUAUAACCAUUUUAAAUUAGGAUAAAAGCUCCAUAGACUUCAAAGGCAAAAUAUUAAUUUGCAGCUGCGUUGAUCCGUUCCAGCUACAAACACCGCCCCAGAGUUGUGCAGACUGACUCAACUUAGAUGGCCUCAACACUGCUUUUUGGAACCAUUCAUACUUCAUAACCUAUACAGCUUGUAGUAUCCCCAUUCAUUUCAAUGGUGGAAUGGAGGCUUUAACAUUCUAAACUGAAAUCACCGCCACAAAUCUUUCAGAAUGUUGAAACAAAAAUAUUUUGGGGCUUAAAAACACAUUAUAUGGCUUAAGAUGCUAUAGUUCUCACUCUAGCCUACUAUACUAACACAAUAUAGACCAUUAUAAUAACUACACACCUACAAACCUCCCCACAUUUGUUUAUAAACGAUAAAGUAUAACGCUUGUUGUAUCCCCAUUCAUUUCAGUGCGGAAUGUAGGCUCCAUUCUAAACUGAAAUCACUGCCACAGAACUAUUAGAAUGUUCAAACUAAAACAUUUUGAGAGCUUAAAAACACAUUCUAUAAGGGCCUCCCAAGUGGCCCAGCGGUCUAAGGCAUUGCAUCGCAGUGCUAGAGGCGUCACUGCAGAUCCUGGUUCGAUCCCAGGCUGUGUCGCAGCCGGCCGUGACCGGGAGACCCAUGAGGCAGCACACAAUUGGCUCAGCGUCAUCCGGGUUAGGGGAGGGUUUGGCCAGAUGGGAUGUCCUUGUCCCAUCACACUCUAGUGACUCCUUGUUGCAGCCUGGCGCAUGUUAGGGAAGGGUUUGGCCAAAUGGGAUGUCCUUGUCCCAUCACGCUCUAGCGACUCCUUGUUGCAGCCUGGUGCAUGCACGCUGACUUCAGGUUGCCAGCUGUACGGUGUUUCCUCUGACCUAUUGGUUCGGCUGGCUUCCGGGUUAAGCAAGCAGUGUGUCAAGAAGCAGUGCGGCUUGGCGGGUCGUGUUUCGGAGGACGCAUGGCUCUCGACCUUCGCCUCUCCCGAGUCCGUAUGGGAGUUGCAGCGAUGGGACAAGACUGUAACUACCAAUUGGGUUCAAUCCUGAUUCUGGGAAACAUCUAACCAGGAUUUCUGGAAAACCUGGGAAUUUGGGGAAAGUGAACAGAACCCUAAACACAGUAGAGUGCACAUCGUUAUUUUUAAUCUUCAUGUCUCCUCACAGAACUCUGAUGAUCCUCCAGUGCAUCCGGAACCCUCAACAGUUCUCCUGCCUGCCCUGUGCUAAUAGCCUACUGCACAGACAGAGGCUACAUCUAUAGAGAGGUUACAUCCACCCUAAAAAUAUUACCCCCAUAGUAGGCAAUGUGUCACUUUUCAAUGCAUUAUACUCUGUCCAAGUUCUCUUUAGAUACACAGAUACAUUUAGCUGUUUGUUUACUAUGUCUGUUGAUUUUAACUGAAAUAAAGACAGAAUAAUUAUAUUUCUGUGAUAAUGAAAU